UUUCCGGUUUCUCAGUCUAACCGUCGCGGCUCGCGCCGGCCGCCCUCGAGCGUUCGCGGCUUUUGAAUUGUUAACGGUCCCCGGUUAAAACUUUACUUUCAAUUGAUCCUCUCCCUUUUCGGAGCGAUUUACGCGCAUAUUUCUUUCCGUCUCUGUGAAAGAAUUAACCUUUGUGAAAGAAGAAAAGAAAUAGAUAAAUUCCCUCACCGUCUGCGAAGGGAGUUUGUGCUUUUUUUUUCGCGGCCUUUCCCCCCUCCUUCCUUCCCCGGUGUUGAGGGGAUUUUCCUAAAGCCUCCUCCUCCUCCUCUUUCUUCCCUCCUUUCGGCCCCGGAUUCCGGGUCCCCUGUCCGGCUGCCGGGAUGGGCUGCACCAUGAGCGCCGAGGACAAGGCGGCGAUGGCCAGGAGCAAAAUGAUCGACCGCAACCUGAAGGAAGACGGCGAGAAGUCAUCCCGGGAGGUCAAACUUCUGCUGCUGGGUGCAGGAGAAUCUGGGAAAAGUACAAUUGUAAAACAAAUGAAAAUCAUUCAUGAGGAUGGGUACUCUGAGGAGGAGUGCAAACAGUAUAAAGCAGUGGUUUAUAGCAAUACAAUUCAGUCUAUCAUUGCUAUAAUCAGGGCCAUGGGACGUUUGAAGGUUGAUUUUGGAGACCCAACAAGAGCAGAUGAUGCCCGCCAGUUGUUUGUCCUCGCAGGAACUACAGAGGAAGGGAUCAUGACAACAGAGCUUGCAGGAGUUAUCAAACGAUUGUGGCAAGAUGGUGGUGUUCAGGCUUGUUUUGGUAGAUCCAGAGAAUAUCAGCUGAAUGACUCUGCAUCAUAUUAUUUGAAUGAUUUGGAUAGAAUUUCCUUACAAGGAUACAUCCCAACUCAACAAGAUGUUUUGAGGACCAGAGUGAAAACUACAGGCAUAGUGGAGACACACUUCACCUUCAAAGAUUUGUAUUUCAAGAUGUUUGAUGUAGGCGGUCAGAGAUCAGAGCGGAAGAAGUGGAUACAUUGCUUUGAAGGUGUAACUGCAAUAAUUUUCUGUGUGGCUCUGAGUGAUUACGAUCUUGUGCUUGCUGAAGAUGAGGAAAUGAACCGUAUGCAUGAAAGUAUGAAACUUUUUGAUAGCAUUUGCAACAACAAGUGGUUUACAGACACAUCCAUUAUUCUGUUCCUAAAUAAAAAAGAUCUGUUUGAAGAGAAGAUUAAGAGAAGUCCUCUAACAAUUUGUUACCCAGAAUAUACAGGAUCCAACACGUACGAGGAAGCCGCAGCAUACAUCCAGUGUCACUUUGAAGAUCUGAAUAGACGAAAAGAAACCAAAGAAAUCUACACUCAUUUCACAUGUGCCACAGAUACCAAGAAUGUGCAGUUUGUUUUUGAUGCAGUGACAGAUGUCAUCAUCAAAAAUAACUUGAAGGAAUGUGGAUUAUACUGAGGCUUGUUAUCAAGAGCUGACCCAGGUUUGUUUUUGUUAAUAAAAAGAAGCCUGUAGGUGGACCAUUGUAUUCCCUGGUUAUGCUGCCUGGCAGAAGUUAGAAACAAAAUGACUGACGUCAUGAGGGAGGCUGCAUGCAAGAUAUUCAAUACUAACUAUGUAUUAUGAACACUUUUUUAAAAAUUGUGCUUUAGUCUGAAAUGAGUAAUGUACAUAAUGUACUGUUACUGAUUCAGCAUUGUGUUUGAAAAAAACAUUUUGCUGCUUUUGUUUCCAGUUCUUUUUGUCUUUGAUAUGUUAAUAUGCAAUUGUAUUGAAUGAUCAAAAGGUAACGCAAUCGAUGAUCGUUGUUACUUUUUGGAUAGUGUUUCAUUGUUUUUGAUCUGUAAUGCAAACUAUAGCUAAAUUUUGUAGAGAGAAUUAUUGGAAGUUUUGUUAUAACUGAUCAUCAGUGCUUUCAUUCAUUCUAAAUGACAUUUGGACCAAUAUGAAAUUCAAGGAUUGUAUUAAAUUGUAUUUCUUUUUAACAUGUACAAAAUUAUGCUCUGUGACAUUGAUAGUAGUACUGAUUAGUCCAGCAAGAAGAGAACGUAACAUUUUUCUGUAGACCAAAACCAAUGCAAAUUAUUUCAAGUGUAUUUAUCCAUUUAGAAAGCAAUAUAAAGAUCCACAGAACAUAGUGACUUGUAAACUGAUUUAGCAAUUUAGUAUUACCCUCCAGCUGUCGUAAAAACUGUGCUACCAUUGAAAUUUCAAGUGCCAUCUAUUGUUCAACGUUUGCCAAAUAUAAAAAACAAUACAUGACUUAAAAUUAGUCAUUUAAAAUCAAACCAAACCUUUUUUCUAAUGAAUCACCCAUUGUUUGCUGUAUUUUACCUACUUUUAUUUCUGAUUCGAAAUCUGUUGAUUUUGUUUUAAACUCAGUAAUUUUGGUCUGGUACUCGAUUAAACUGAGUUCAUGCUUCCUGUUCAUAUCAGAAUGUUAAUAAAAAUAACAAUGACCUAAAAAGAAUUUUGGAUAUCAUAGUUAUGUACUGUGAAGUAGGAUUGUACUUCUCUCACUAGAUUAUUUUUAUAAUAUAGCACUGCCAUAUAGACUACAAGAAAUAAAACAAUAAUUAUAAACCUAACCAGUAUAUAUAUUUUAAAGACUUGAUAGUUCUGUUGGAACUCUUUAUCCUCUGAAAAAAAGCUAUGUACCCCAAGCAUACAAACAACCUCCGCCACAGUUGUUCAUAACAUCAUGGUUGGUUUGCUUACAGGUUCUGUCGUUCCCGUACCAUUGCACAUUUAAAAUAGUUGUCACGUUUGAGUUACAUUGAAGAUGACGAGUCACUUUUUUUAAAAGAUAGCUCUGAAAGUUCAUCAAGCAAGUACAUUUUCCAUUCCAAUCCAUUUUUAUAAUCAUUAGAUUAUAUAUAUUUAUUGUCAAGAAUUGGUAUCUUUGUUAACAGAUUUUUUUCCUACAUGAUUUGCUACUGUUCUUGCUCUAGGGCCUCAAACCUAUGUUAUGCAAACACAGUUCUAGAGAAAUGAUGGUUGUGAAUGAUGGAACAAAUUAUGAUUUUUAAAUUGGCAUUUUUAAGUGACUCAAUUAAAAUGAAGGUGAAGCCUGGCUUUAAGUCCCAUGGUGAUUGCAUUUCUAAAUGGUCAUGUACAUUAUUGUUGUAUUAAAGAUAUACUUUUAGCACAGCAAGUUUUUUUUUCAUUCGUUGCCCCUCCUGAAUGAACAAUUUUGUUUGUUUUUCUAUUAUUCUUAUAUCUGAGGCUGGGGUGGAAUUCCUUCUGUGACCUGUCACUCUGCUGGGAUUGGCAUUGUACUUUGAAGAAUUUUCUGUACAUAACCUGUGAUGUCACAUUCAUUACUAUUUACAAGGGACUUUGAUACAUAUUUGGUAACAGAAUUUUAAGGGAAUGGGAAGUUGGAUGCUUGGACCCAAAUAGACUGGCAUAUACAUGUCGAAUAAGGGCUUCUUCUGUUCAGUUUUGAUUUGUGCGUCUGGACAGCAGUCCUUUUUGCAGGCAUUGAUUUGUGGCUUAUGGAAUCUCAUGUGGGAGGUUGGGAAGGAGAUUAAGUGGACAGUCGAUGAGUUGCAUGUAGUACAAGCUAAACAAAAACUUGGUGACCUUCAUUAUCCUUUUCCGUGAUUGCAGAUUUUAUCUCUGAGACAUCUUUGGAGAAAAAUUAUCCAAUAUGUAUUUAUUCAUGAUUAAAUGUCAAAUAAAAGAAUUCAGUGGGAAAAGUAAUCAAUGCAUUCUCUAAGACAGUGUUGAUCUCUGUAGAUAUUGCCAUGCAUUUUAAGAAUAAAGGCAGUUGCCUGUUGUACUUUUGAA